AUGCCUGCCACCUCCCGCGAACUAUGGGAGAGGGCCGCGAUUGACACCAUCAAAAUGGUUGAAGACGGGGUAUUUCAGGAAGAAGCUGUUGUUGAAGCCUUGCUGCAUGCACCUGCUCGCUAUCCAAACUGUGAGGGUGCUAGGUGCAUUGAAGAUAACCUGACAGACAUCAAGGCUCAGGCAGCUACAAAUCAUCACGGUAUCAAACUUAAUAUCUGCUCGGUGAAAGGUCUUAAUACAUUCGAAGCCGAGGACUUCAUGGAUGACGGAUCCAUAAUCAAACUGAAGAUCACCAUCGAUGAGGCUGGGGGUGCUGUUUUUGACUUUGGUGGAACAAGCCCCCAAACGCACGGAAAUUGGAAUGCACCCCCAGCUGUGACCAACUCAGCAACCAUAUAUGCUCUUCGAUGCCUUGUCGCUUCUGAAAUUCCUCUUAAUCAGGGCUGCAUUCUCCCGGUCCAUUUAAAGAUCCCGAAGCAUUCUCUACUUUUACCAUCGCCUGACGCCGCUUGCGCAGCUGGGAACGGUCUUACCUGCCAACGAAUUGUAGACGUGAUUUUCAAGGCCCUGGAAAUCCUAAAACGACAAUAUCCGGUGCUGCUGAAGGAGUAUAGUUUACGGCCUGGGAGUGGAGGCAAGGGUAAAUUUCGUGGUGGAGACGGCGUGGUGCGCGAACUGGAGUUUCAAGUCGACAUGCACGCUGGAAUCCUCUCCGAGCGCAAGGUGUUCCGUCAAUAUGGGAUGACCGGAGGAGAGGAUGGCGCCCGUGGAAUGAACCUUUGGAUAAAAAAGAAUGGGCUCACUGUCAAUAUCGGCGGGAAGAAUCAGUGGCAAGUCAAGGCAGGCGAUCGGAUUAGGAUCAUGACCCCGGGAGGAGGAGAUAUGGGAUUCAGGAAGAUGAAAGUACGCCCAGUGAAAGAGCAACUGGUUUGCCAUCUUUUACACCUCGUGCCAACGGCUCAUAUCAUGUUAUGCAAGCCCUCGCUGUGA